AACAAAACUUCCCGCGAGCGUAUGACUUCUUCCGUGGUGGGAGGAGAUUGCUUGCAUGUGAACGAAUGUCUUGUGGGGAGCAGUUGAAUUCUUUUGAUAGUGUCUCAGUGCAGUCUCAGUAUGACAUCAGCUGGAAACACCAUUGACGAUGAGGACACAUUCAAGAUCCUCAUUGCCACUGACAUUCACCUAGGUUAUCUAGAGAAGGAUGCCAUUAGAGGAAACGACACAUUCGUGACCUUUGACGAGAUCAUGAAACAAGCUGUGCAAAAUGAGGUUGACUUUGUUUUGCUGGGUGGGGAUCUGUUCCAUGACAAUAAACCAUCCCGCAAAACUAUGCAUAGCUGCAUGGAGGUGAUGAGGAAGUAUUGCAUGGGUGACCGGCCAAUCAUCUUCGAAAUCCUCAGUGAUCAGGCUGUCAAUUUCAGCCACAGCAAGUUUCCAUGGGUGAACUACUUGGACAAUAAUCUCAACAUUUCCAUCCCUGUCUUCAGUGUGCAUGGUAACCAUGAUGACCCAACUGGGGCUGAUGGUCUAUGUGCUAUAGACCUGUUGAGCUGCUCUGGUCUGCUCAAUCAUUUUGGCCGCAGUCAUUCAGUGGAGAAACUUGAGAUCAGUCCAGUUCUUCUGCAGAAAGGAAAUACCAGGAUUGCACUCUAUGGCAUUGGUUCCAUUCCAGAUGAGAGACUCUACCGGAUGUUCGUCAAUAACCAGGUGACAAUGCUUCGGCCACGAGAGGACGAAGAUGGCUGGUUCAAUUUAUUUGUCAUCCAUCAAAACAGGAGUAAGCACGGGGCGACUAACUACAUCCCAGAACAGUUUUUGGAUGAUUUUCUGGAUUUGGUGGUGUGGGGUCAUGAGCAUGAGUGUAAAAUUGCUCCAGUCCGUAACGAACAACAGCUCUUCUAUGUCACACAGCCUGGCAGCUCUGUCAUUACCUCACUGUCACCAGGAGAAGCAGUUAAAAAGCACAUUGGGUUAUUGAGAGUGAAAGGGAAAAAAAUGAAUCUUCAGAAAAUUCCUUUACAGACAGUCAGGCAGUUCUUCAUUCAGGAUGUAACACUCUCAGAUCACCCUGACCUUUUCAGCCCAGAGCAACCCAACGUCAUGCUCAAAGUCCUGGCUUUCUGCCAGGAGAAGGUUGAAGAGAUGCUUGAAGAGGCAGAGAGAGAGAGACUUGGAAAUCCCCUUACUCCUGAGAAACCUCUCAUCAGACUACGAGUUGAUUAUAGUGGGGGUUUUGAAGUCUUUAACACUAUGCGCUUUAGUCAGAAGUUUGUAGAUCGAGUGGCAAAUCCCAAAGACAUCUUGCAUUUCAUCAGACACAGAGAGGCUAAAGACAGCAUUAAAGAAGAAGGUGUGGAUUUUGGAGCGCUUCUCUCUCGUCCCACUUCUGAGGUCUUACAGCUGAGAGUGGAAGAUCUUGUGAAGGAAUACUUCCAGACGGCUGAGAAGAAUGUGCAGUUGUCUUUGUUGACGGAGCAAGGCAUGGGAAAGGCAGUGCAGGAGUUUGUGGAUAAGGAGGAGAAAGAUGCUAUUGAAGAACUCAUAAACUACCAGCUGGAGAAAACCCAGCGCUACCUCAGAGAACGACGGGUGGAAGCCACAGAGGAGAAGAUUGAUGAGGAGAUUCGACAAUUUCGAGACUCAAAGAGAAACACCACAGAAGAGGAUGAGGAAGUUCAAGAGGCUAUAAUCCGUGCAAAAGCUCGUAGUAAAACUGUGAGAGACGAUGACCUCAACCUAUCAGAUGAGCCAGCUGACAUUGCUAUGGAGUCUGAUGAAGAGUCCACAUCUGUUCCUCCGAUCAGUGGAAGGGGGCGCGGCUCCAGAGGAGGACGAGAUCUUAGUACUAGCAAAAAAGGAAGAGCGAGAGAAUGACCUACUUGAUGACAACCUAUCUGGCUUCAAAAGUGGACAUGGAGACCACCCUACUGACCAUUGCAGAAAGUCAUCUGUUCUUACUCUGUUGACCUUUCUGUGGCCUUUACACAGUCAACCACCAGAUCCUCCUGGCCUCCCUCUCUGACUUGAGUAUCACAGGAACCGUACUUCAGUGGGUUCAGUCAUACCUCACUAGCAGAUCUUUCAUGGAGAAGAGGGGUGUCUGAGUCACAUCAGCUAAUCACUGGUGUGCCUCAAGGUUCAGUGUUCGUUCCUCUUCUUUUUUCCAUUCACACAACCUCCUUGGGCACGACCAUAAAUGCACAUGGCUUCUCCUGCCACUGCUAUGCAGAUGAUACACAGCUCUAUCUUUCACCUGAUGACAUCACUGUAUCAGCUCGUAUCUUUGCCUAAUUUUCAGACAUCUCUGCUUGGAUAAAGGAGCAUCAUCUGCAGCUCAACCUUGCGAAGAUGGAGCUCAUUGUAAUCCCUGCAAACCCAUCAGUUGACCACAACAUCAUUGAGCAACUGGGGUCCACAAUACUAACACCAACCAGGACAGCAAGGAACCUGGGGUUUGAUGACCAGCUGAGCUUUUCCACCCACAUCUCAACAA